AUGCCAGAAUCUGAUCGUCGCCGUCCCCGAGUCGCCACUUGCGAGGAGUGGGACGAAGAUGCUCAAACAACCCGUCCAGGCACCCAAACAACGGCCAAUGUCUCCACCAAACGCUCCGACCAUGACCUUGUUCCUCGACAACGGGAGACGAACAACUUCUACACCGACUGCGGAGACUCGGGAUAUGCUAGCCGCGCUGCAACUACAGUUAGCGAAUCCACGUCCUCAAGUCGUCGCAGGAUUCCUGACUUGAAACUCGACACCGCUGGAAUUCGCGAGCGGGAGCGGAAUCCCUAUCUAUAUUCUCAGACCGCUGUCCCCAAACCACCAACUCGCCGCCAGUCUUCAUCUCAGUCGAAAGAACCCUCACCCGAAAAACGCCCGACCAGAGUAAGAGAUGAUCUUCCCCAGAGAGGAUAUUCCGACCAUUACACAAAGCACUCGGAGCCAAAGCAAGCAGCUAAGGUAGCUCGUCCGCCAAAUUCUCCAGGGGCUGUGAAGAAGGAAAUUGCAAAAAGCGCCAAAGAUGACCCAUCUGCGACCACUAAGAGCAGAAGGCUGUCGUCGAAUCAGCAACCCACGCCAGUGAACAUGUUGCCCCCAAAUGCUCCGAUGCCGAUACAAUAUGCCAUGUAUCCUGCAUACCCACAUCCGGGUAUUGCGACAUCAGGCUAUGCGACACCAGUUACACCAUCCGGCCCUUACGGUUCAAUGCCAUUUUCGUACGCACCUCCGCCUACCUUGCCAACACCAUCCUACGCGACUUAUCUGCCUCCGCCUUCCUACUUCGACCAAUUACCUGAGCCAAGAUCAGCCAGGCCAAGUCGACAUCCAAGUCCUGUCCGAAGAGCAAGCGCAUAUGGCGAACCCGUUAUCAGACAGAGCCAGCCCGACUCAGCAAUGAUGUCUCUCGAACGUAGGCCUUCGAAAGAGAGUCGACCAGCACUUCCUUCGCAUAGGUCUUCUCGUAGUACCGACGUUGAUCGAGGACAGAUGCUACCUCCACCUCGACCGCAGCAGCCUGAGGUCGUCCUCGGACGGAGACCCAGCACCAGAAGGUCCCAGACCUAUCAUCCGCAAGAGCCUACUGUCCGCGAGAGGGUCGUCUUCGAGCCGGACCAGUAUGAAAGCGAUGAUGAUCGUGAUAAUGGGCAUAUCCGUGCCGCGCCUCCGUCCUCUUUUCGUGAACGCAGAGAGUCGUCCUCCCGUCCACCUUCAUCAUACCGUCCCCUUACACAUGCGGAGCCUCGCGAGCGACCUCCGGCGAGAAAGUCCGUCUCAUAUUCCACAGGCGCCACCGUUACGAAGGUAGCAUCAUCUUCAUCGCCCGCUAUGCCUCGGCGUAUGACCGUACCUCUCGAACAGAAGGAGGCCGAGGUGGAAGAGUACCAAGCGAAACGAAACAGCGCGGCUGUUGCUGCCAGUGGCUUGACAGCCGAAGCCCUCCGCAAGCUCGAUCAGCGCACUUCAAGUUCCAAAUCCGAAACAGGAAGCAACUUCAGCCAUCAGUCGUCAUCCAAAGAUUCAUCUGGGCGCGAUCGAAGUCAGACUGCUGGCGCCAAGACCAGCAUCAUGCUCCCUGGCGGAAUGAACGUGACCAUUCCUGAAGGCUAUAUGAGCAGAGACGGCCGCCCUCUCAGCAUCAAUAUUGGGGGACUUGUCGUCUCAGUCGCUGCAGAAGGCAAAGAGAACGAGCGCCCCAAAGAGCAGAAGAGAAUCGAACGGGCACCUAGUGUGGCCAGCCGGACUUCCAAGAGAAGUGCUGCCAGUAGCGUCGUCUCCAACCCUAGAGGUCGAGACAUGCCACCUCCCGUUUCUCGACGACCAUCACAGCUGGAAGAUCGUGUCCCAACGAGUCUGAGAUCCAGCCGUCAGCCUAGUCGUGCACCGAGCAUGAGUCGAGGCAGUCAUGACUACUCCUCCAAACGACAAAGCGUCGACUACAGCAGGGAAAUUGAUUACAACAGAGAAUAUGACGACUUCUAUGCGGCAGGAUGA